UUUCGAGAGACGCCUUCAUCUCGUUGAAGUAUAUUCCAUUCAUUAUCUUAGACACAAAUAAAUACAUUUAUGUAAGUAGAUAAUUUUUUUUUCUUAAUAAAAAGAUUUUGAUCAAUUCACCUUAUAAAAUGUUUUUUUCAAAUAAAAAGGUUUAUGGGAUAUUUUAAUCUAAAGUUAUACAACAUGAAUCUUUGAGGUAAAUAGGUUUUUUCUUAGCAGCUCAAAAGAAAAUAGAAAUACUGUAUAGAUAAAUAUUUAAUAAAAAAAAUAAUUCUUGUAAGCUCUAUACAUAUAAUGAAGUAAUUAGAAGAAACUACUACAAUGUAUCCUACUAAAAAAUUCAUUUCAAUAGAAAAAGUAGUAUUGAAAAAGUUCUGCCACCUAUAUUUUAAAUAUGUAUUUUAUCUGUGUACUUAUAAUUACUUUUUUUUUAAAGCUCUUACGUUCGUUACCUAUUAAUUAAUGUAAUUUAUUAUGAUGCCAGCAUGAUUCAAUAUUAAGUUUAUUUGUUGUAAUAAUAUUUCCCUCUUUUAAUUUUUUAAAACUUUGCCCAGUCAUCCUACAAUUUCUGAGAUAAAAGGUGUAUGUAAAAUUGCAAAACAAAGUUAACAAUUAAUAUUAGCAAUACAAGGCUGGACAUGGCCCAGGAAAAAAAUUAGUCCCAUGGUGAACGAUGAUGUACACACAUCUAUAUAUCAUCCCUAAAUGGGAGUGAAAUAAAACAUUGCUACGUUAGUCAUGGAAUACAUGAAUACAUAACAUAGGAUAACGAACAGUGACUUAUUAUCUUAAAAUUUUUAUAGUUUAAAAAAAAAUAUUUUAUUUCACAUUUUAAGUAGGUUUAUAUAAAAAAAAAAUGUGGUACAGUAUUUAAAAUUGAGGAUUUGUUUUAAUCUUUCUUAUUUACAAAUGGAAGAACUUUUUUUUUUUAAAGUGUUCAAUAAAAGAGAUAUUUUACAAAAAGAUAUUGCAUGUACACCUAUUUUGGUUUUUUUUUUUUUAAAUGUUGUUACAACUUUAGUAUUUUAGUGCUAUUUUUUAAUUCUUAAGUUCAAAUGCAUCUAACAUUUUAAAUAAAUAGAAAACAAGGAGAAACAAGUCAUUAGUGUAGUUAUAAAAUCCGUUUUGCUUCAUUAAGUUUAAAAUCCCUACACUAAGAAAUGCACUCAGAUAUUUAUAGUUAUAGUUUAUAGCAAGUGUGUAUAGAAGACGGUUAGCAAACAUUCUAUGUAAACCUUGCGGUUACAGCAUUACGGCGGCUUUCCUUCUAUUCAUCCUUUUUUUUUUAAAAGACGUCAAUUCCUUAGUUCACAGCCCUUGAGCCCUUUCACGGAAUAGAUAACAGAAUCGACGCUACUAGUCCAUUAAGAUCAGAUUUUUUUUUAAUAUUGAAUAUGUCCCUAAACGGGCAAGCGAUUUUUUCAUGCACAAUUUAUCAUGUAUAAUAAAUGCAGGAAUGCAUUCAAGAUUUGAAAAGAAACUAGUGGAGCAAGGUAUGUGGAGGCUUGAAAUAGAAAGACAGGACACUAAAAAAAAAAACUUGUUGUUAAUAGCCUUCUUCGGUAGACAGGACAAAUCAAGAAACAUCAAGAAACAGAAAGUGGUUAAAAACUACUUUGCUUGGAUUUUGCUAGUAGUUAUUGCCGGAACCCAGGUAAAAGGAAAUUAAAGAAUGUGAAAAAUAAAAUUUCCACCGACACAAAUAUUUUGAAAAUAUGUAAAAUGAAGAUAUGGAAGCUGCAUAAUCUGCUAUACAUUGUAAUGCAGAUGUAUGCGGAAUGGCUAUAUCCUGGAACAUAUUUGAAGAGAGUAGAAUAUUAAGGAUGAAACUAUUCUGUUUCACGAGAUGAAAGAUAUUACAUUCGAUUUUAAAUCUAUAAUGAACCAUUUGGUAUGGCAUUUUGAUUUUUAAAUAUGCUGUUAUAAUUUUUGACGUGUUUAACAACUUUAAUUUGAAGCUACAAGGUAAAUAAGAUUUGCUCAUGAGAUCAUUGCUCUGUUCAAGUCCUAAUGGUGUUUUCUCCAAAAUUAAGAAGGGACCAAAUGUUGCUCAUGUUCUGACAUUGUUGACACAAACUGGUUCAUCAGUUUAUGCGCAAAUAUACAGCAAUCAGAUAUCAUCAUCGGAUGAAGAGUUUUAUUGCGUUUCGAUAAUUUUUAAGUAAUUUAGGGGAAUAAGUUCCUCUCAGCUGUCCAUUUUCCAACACAUUGACAAAGCUUCUAUAAAUAUAAAGCUGGAAUUAUUCGAUUUUAGACUGACAACCAUUAUUUGACAUCAAUUACACAAUUUAAAAAAAAAAAUCGAAUUAAAAAAUUAUAUGUGUCACAAAAAGAUGGUAAGCUACUAACUUUAAAGCACUUUGCCAUGAACUAUUUGUUUCAUGUUUUGGCUAUUCUUACAACUUUGAGUAAAGUUUCGUCCGCGUAACAAUCAACAAUUUUAAGAACAGGUCUUAGAUAACUGAUACCAAUUUGAAUUCUAUACUAUGUCACAAUGCGUUAAUACAAGCACUGUGGUUCUAGAUUAUGGAAAACUAAUUUAAAAUUAUUUCCACAGGGGUCAUUAAAUUUUUUUACUUAUUUAAUAAAUGCUUACAGACAAACACUAUCUUUACGAUUAACUAGUUACGGUUAUCAGAUGUAUCUAUAUAUAUAUAAAUGAAUGUCUGUAUGUAUCUUUGUGUGUCUCGUAUGCGCUCUUACACCAUUCAUGCGAUUGCGACUAAAUUUUGGUCAGUUGUUGUCCACAUAACCAGGCAUUUAACUGAAUCAUUACAACCCUUAUAAAAUGUUCCGUUUUCAGCAGCUAGUUCUUAAUAUUUUUUUUCUUCUUAUAUGAGCAAAUGUUUCUAAAUUAUUACAAGCGUUUUAAAAUAUUCAGUUUUGAGCCAGGGGCCUUAUGUUCGUUUUUUCUCAUAUGAGGUAUAUAAAUAUAUUUUCAAACCGUAUGAGCUUCUACCAUUCAUGCGAUAGCAACAAACUUUUGGGGAGAUGUUUUCCAUCAACCCACGUAUUUUACUAAAUUAUUAAACACUUUUAUAAUAUAUUCCGUUUUAGGCCGUUGGCCCUUAAUUCGUAUUUUUUUCUUAUAUGAGCUUUGUAAAAAUUAUUUCCGUAUGCACUCCUACACCAUUUAUCCGAUUGCAAAAAAACUUUGGUGAGAUGUUGCAAGCACUGCCGCAAAGGUUUUUGAAUUAUUAGAACCAUUUUUAAAAAAUCAAUUUUGAGCCAGGGGCCCUAUGUUCGUUUUUUUCUAAUAUGAGCUAAAUAAAUAUAUUUUCAAACCAUAUUCAUUCCUUCACCAUUAAUGUGAUUGCGAUAAAACUUUGGUGAGUUGUUGACCAUAAGCCCGUGCAUUUUACUGAGUCCUUCAAAAACUUUUUAAAUAUUGCGUUUUAGGCCGUUGGACCCAAAUUCAUUUCUUCUAAUAUAAGCUCUGUAAAAAAUAAUUUCCGUAUGCGCUCCUAUACCAUUUUUUAGAAUGCGAUUAAACUUUAGUGAGAUGUUGUUCAAUUGCUCGCAAAGGUUCUUAAAUUAUUACAACCGUUUUAAAAUAUUCAGUUUUGAGCCAGGGGCCUUAUGAUCAUUUUUUUUCUAAUUUGAGCUACAUUAAUAUAUUUUCAAACCCUAUGCGCUCCUACACCAUUCAAGUGAUUUGGAUAAAACUGAGGCGAGUUGCUGUCCACCAUCAAAAUCAUUUUUCUUAGUCAUUAUAACCCUUCUUAAAUAUUCCGUUUUUGGCAGUUGGCUCCUAACUCGUUUUUUUUUCUUAUAUGAGAUUUGUAAAAAUAAUUUCCUUACGCGCUCCUCUACAAUUUAUUAGAAUGCGAUAAAACUUUAGAGAGAUAUUGUGCACACACCCACAAAGAUUUUUUUAAAAUCAUUAUCACCAUUUUAAAAUAUUCUGUUUUUAGCCAGGGGUCCUAUGUUCGUUUUUUUCUAUAUUAGCUUUACAACUAUAAUUUCAAACAGAGCUAAUGCAUGGAUGGUUAGCUUUUUAAUCAAAUACAAAUAAUGACAUUACAUUUUGUACAUAUUCCGUUUGUGGCAGUGGGCCCUAAAUUCGUUUUUCACUCUUAUAUUAUCUAUUUAAUUAUCGUAUGAAUUUCUAUAAUAUUCAUCUGAUUGUGAUAAAACUUGGUGAAUUGAAAUGCGCAUUACCGCAAAUGUUUCUAAAUUAGAAAAACAUUUUACAAUAUUGCGUUUGGGCCAGUGACCCUAAUUUCGUUUUUUUCUUCUAAGAGCUUUAUAAAUAUAAUUUCAAACAGAGCUAUUGCAUGAGUGGAUGGAGCUGAAUCCGCCGGCAAUUUUGUCUAAAUUAGUACAUCCAUUUUAAAACAGUGAGUUUAGGGCUGGGGCCGAAAUUACAUUAUUUUCUAAUUUUGCUAUAUAAAAAAAGCUGUUUCAUGGGUGGAUGGAAUUGAAUCUAAUACAACUAAAACGACAUUUCUGUUUCUGUGUUACAUAAUAAGGAAGUUCGGAAUUAAUGCAACCAUGUUACAAUAUUUCGUUUGGGCAGGGUGCCUUAAAUUUGUUUUGUUUUCUUAAAUGAGCUUCAUCAAUAUAAUAUAAAACUGAGCUAUCAACACUACCGCCUUGAACAAUUGCAAACAUGUAGCAAAUUGUAAUAAAGCAGAGAAAACACGUUUUUUGCAUUUUUAGUGUAGAGGGUAUUUUUAUUAUUUUAAUAAAUCAGCUUGAAUUUUGUGACGUAUUUAAGAAUCGGAUAUGACGUUGAAAACGAUUUUUUUUUUUUUUUUUUUUUUAAAUUAGAAGUAUUUCUUCAAUAGAUUCUUAUAAUUUCGGUGUUCUUUUUUGUUAUGUAACGAUAUUUUACAUGAAUCGAUGGUUUCUUAAGUAAUUAAAUAACACACUAGAUAACGUAGGUAUUGAACUAUGGUAAUAUCGAAAUUUAAUGCUGGAAUGUAUGAUUUAUAAAUUAAUUUGAAGCUAUACAACUGGAACUCUACAGCCAACAAUGAACGUACCUAUUAUGCGUGGUUUUCACGUAAAAAGAUGGGAGAUCCUAACGUGUAAAUAUUAUUCACGUUAGGAAUAUCGUAAAUUAAUUGAAUCAAAUACAAACAGCGAUAUUUCAUUUUAUGUGUGGCCUAACAAGUUGUGUUCAUUGUGAAAUACCAAUGCUAAGAACAGAUAUCACAAGCAUUUGUAAAAUUCGUCACAAAUCAAUAAUGUUGCCGUCAAAUCGAUUAUGCCACCUUAACAACAAGCUAUUUGUUUUUUCUACACCUCAAGCUCGAAACAAAAAGUUAUCACGAGCUUCGGAAACAUUAAAGCAACGUAAAGCAAGAGUGAAAACCGCUCGAGUACGCAAUGCUGAAACCCGUUUGUCUGAAACAGUCGAGCAGCGAGAAACAAGACUGGAUUCCGAUUGCGUACGCACUGCUCGAUCCAGACGAACACUGUUAUCUGAAUGAAAACUUAGUGCAUUCCAUUACGAAUCUAAUUAUGAUUACAGUCUUCAUCCAAGUGUGUUUAUUGGAAAGAUAUAUAUAUCAUGGGUGUAUUGCUGUGCCCUCAAAUUUAAGAAUGAAACAUCGGGAAAUUGCUGCUCGGGGGGUGGCGGGAAAUGGAAUUGCCAGAAUAACAUUCACCGUCGGAACCAUUAUCAACGUUGGUAUCAGGUGACACAAGCAUACGCAAGUACAAUUCAUGUUUCCAAAUGACAUCAUUAUGUAAAAAAAUAUCGCGCGCGAGAAUUACAUGCCAACAUUUAAAGUGCUAGAGCAAAUUUAUCAUCGUGCAGGAUCUUUGCUGCCACUACCAAACACAAAUCACACAUUUCUUCAAAUUUAUUUCAUGGGGAAUACUGAUGAACAAAUCGAUAAACUUUGUCACAUCAAUAUGGGCACUAAACGAGAAACGUUAUUUUUGCAACAAAACGAAUUAAUUCAAAUGUUCAGAAUUGCACUUGAAAAGAUGCCGACAGAUGAAUACAAAGUCAUAGUUAGAGCAGACUAAACACCUGUGGGCCAACACGAAAGACAAUACAAUGCACCAACAAUUGAUGAAGCGGCAAUCGUUAUUGUUGGCCAAGAAUUUAACUGACGUAAAAUAAUUAUUCAUCGCCAAAUUGGUUAUUUUCCGGAAGUCUCAGAAACGCGUCGCUCAUACGAUGGAUUGCAAUAUCUUAUUUUAUCUUAGCAAGGAGAUGAUGGAUGUUAUUUCAAAAUCAAACUUAAAAAUCCACAGGAAGAUGAGGAAUCGAUUAAGAAAGUCUUUGCCAUGAAAUACUAUUCAUAUCGAUUGAUGAUCCGUGAGAGUGCUGAAAAUCAAAUCUUGAAAUAUCGACAAUUGUUCCAUCAAUACAUUGUGACAAUACUUUGUUUGCAAUCAUAUUGACAGCGUGCUUCCCAUCCAAUCCAAAAGAUCUUUGGGAGAAAUACAAAGACGACAUGAGGGAAAAACAUCCUACAUUAUUUGCGUGCAACGAAUCAAAAUCCGGACAUUAAAUUUACACCAAACUUGUAUAAUGAGGCAUUGGUUUCGAUUGAGGACAUAUGUUUGGCAAUCUCUAACAAAGCACUGGUAGAGUUGGGAAUGACUUCUCCGAAUCGAUCAGCAAACAACCUUUCCAAUCGUGAUUUACAACGAGAAACGCACUUUGACAUCGAAGAAUUAGGUACAUUUGUUCAGAAGAAUCUUCCAAAAUUGGCUCCAGAACAACUCAUAUUGUAUUACAGAAUUAUGCAUGCAAUUACAAUUCAAAGCGGGGGACUAUAUUUCCUAGCUGCGCCCGGAUGCAUAGGAAAAACGUUCCUAAUUUCACUUAUUUUGGUGACAAUACGAUCACAUUUUUUUUUUUACAAUCAAUCGCAUCAUUUGGAAUUGCAGCAAUUCUUUUGGAUGCUGGCCUCAACAGCUGUUGAUGAAUUAAAUGCCUUUCUCAAUUCAUCAGUUUUAUAGGGACAUGUACAGAAAUUGACAUUGAAGACCAAUAAGCGUGUACAACUACACAAUAAUGCAUCUACUGAACGUUUCGCAAAACAAUUUUUGGACAUUGGGAAUGGGAAAAUGGCAAUUGAUGAAUCUACACAAUGUUAUACACUGCCAAAAGGCUUCUGUAAAAUUACAGCUACCACCGACGCUUUCAUUCAUAUUUUUUUUCCAAAUAUCGAAUAAUAUAAAAAAAAUCAUCAGUGACUCAGUGCAUGUGCUUUAUUAGCACGCAAAACAACGAUGUCAAUGCCAUCAACUUUAGCAUUCAAAAUGAAAUCCCAGGCGAAACGACAACGUAUAAAUCCAUCGAUACUUUAUUGAAUCGAGACGAAGAUGUCAAUUAUCCAAUCACUUGACUUGUCAGGCAUUCUAUCUUACGUUAUAACAGUGAAAAUUGGCGUGUCUGUUAUUCUUUAACGAAAUAUAAAUCCACCACGACUUUACAGCGCUAGCAAGUUUCACUGAAAAACAUGAUGAAAAAUACCAUCGAAGCUACUAUUUUAAGUGGAAAAUUUAGGAGGAGAAGAUGUAGUGUUUCCACGCAUCCCAAUGAUUCAAACGGAUAUGCCAUUUGAAUUCAAACGUCUGCAGUUUUCAGUGCGACUCGCGCUUGCAAAGUCUAUCUACAAAGCACAGGUUCAAUCGCUAAAAGUUUGCGGACUAAAUUUGGAAAACCCAUGCUUCUCCCAUUGACACAUGUAUGUGGCCUGCUCUGGCUUUGCAAAACCUUCUGAUUUAUUCGUGCAUGCACCAGACUGAAAAAAAACGGUGUGUAUUUAAAAGCUCUCCAACAAACAUAAUUAAAAUUCAAACAAUUUCUUUCUUUGAGUUGCACUGCAACGCAUGCCGGGUACUCGCAAUUAUCCAUAUAUAAGGCAUCCUUCCGUCAUCGCGAGAUGCUUGAUUAGCUAUUGACACUUUAUCAAAUAGCUUACGAAGCGGUCCUGGAAUGGCAGUCUCGGCUGCAUUUCUGGCAAGAGAACCUUGACUGUUCUUUGAAUGAAGCCUUACGUUAUCAGAUUUAAUGUGUCCGUUAUCACAUCAACACAACAAUGUUAAAAUGUAUUUAUUAAAAAUAUGUACAUUGUAUUGUCUAUAUUCCUAUGUUUGCCCACCAAUUUCUUUUUAAAUUCACAAGCCGCCCUCUGCACAAAAAAUGUGCCCACCCCUUAUAUAUAACUUUAGAUUCGCUUAUUUUAAACAUUUGAUAAUGCAAAGGAAAUUUAACCAAGAAAUAUAGUGUUAACAAUUGCACGUAUAAGCCAUAAUUCGCUUUUAUACUUUAUACUGGAGAAAGAAAAAAACAUAAAUGCCAAUACAAGUUUGCAAAAGAAAGCCCCGAAGCUAUGUGGUUGAGAUAGAAACCAAGUAAAAGCAAAUGCUUAACACAAGAUCAAAUAAAACAUCACAGCAAAAAAUUUUGCAAGUAAGAGAAGAAGAACCUAAAGAAAAGUAUUUAACAUACGGCGCGAUUAAAACGCAUCAGGUGACACAUAAAGCAGGUAAGGACAGAUGAAACGACCGAGCAGUUUGCAGCGCGAUUAAAAAGUGAAGGACAGUGAAGUUCUGAAAGACGCCAUUGUAAAAGUGCAGAUGUCAAACUAUUCUAGGUUUCAUUCAAAACAUUAUGCAUCAACCUUUGCGAUGUAUUCUAUUUCAAUAAAGCCCCCACAUCAAUAAUACCCGCAACUGCCACCGUGCUAAUAUUCCAUUAUUGGAGACAGCUUUUAAGAAGCAUACCUAUCGACACCCGACGAACAAUAGCAGGAUACUUUCUGAGAGAGACCCAAGACCCACAACCAAAAACACUCUACAAUAAACCAUUUUAAUAUUUUGCCCCUUCGGAUGACAUAGCACUGUUAAGGAAAACUAUUAAAGACAUAUCAAAAGCCUUUUUUGUAUUAGAAUUUGUAUCAAUACAAGCAGGGCUAAAAGUUAACAACAACAACAAAAAACACAUGUCUAUGUUGAGAGAAGAACAGACUGAUGAAUCCAUGAAAAUUAUUGUUGCACAAAAUUAAACAAAAUAUUAUGCGUUGCUAUUGUAACUCUAAAAUGGAAUAAACUUACCUUAUCUAAUCUGUUAUUAAACUAAUAAUUACUUCGUAAAAAGUGUUGAUUAAUCAAAUAAUAGUUUUUUUUUUUUUAAAUUUUUAUAAAGCGUUUGUGUUCAAAAAUUUAAAUAUUUUAACUAAAUAGCGAGAUUGCACUAUUUUACAUUUCAAUUUCGCCUAUUUAUUGUUUUUGUGUCAAACAAUGAGAUUUUAUUUUUAAUAAAUUUAAUUAUUUGUUGGAUUUUUUCUUUAUAGCACAAAAAAAUAAAAAAUACGACUAUAUGAUGAUGAUGUAUUUUUCCAAAACAAUUUCACUUUCAAUGCUGAUUAGGAUAUGCUUUGGUAAGUGUUCAAAUAUAUUUAUACAUAAAAAUAUAUGAAAAUAUUUAAAAUCUUACAAAUAAAUUCUUUGAUUAAAAUCUUACAACGUAUACCUUCAUUUACUUCUGCCCACUUUUACUGGGGAUGCGUCGCAGCGAAAUAAAGUUGACACUAAUUAGCUGCAAGGUUCAAGCUGUGGACUUUUAAGUUAUUCUUAACACAGACAUUCGUACAACAUUUUGGUCUCCGUUUCACUUUGAAGAAGGAAAUCCUUUAUAUCAGAAAGUUUGUGUUCAUUAUUUUUUGGAAUUAAUUUUCCGACCGAUAUUUUUUUAACGGAAAUAUGUUCUAAAUUAUAAGUAAAAGUUAAAUAACAAUUUGUUUUAUUUCUUGUUUUUGAAUUCAGUCUCUCCUCGGUUUACUAGCUGCUGGCCCUAAUAUUAUCAUCUUGCGGUCGAAGAAUUUUCUCUCGAGACUUUCAUUCAGGGCCCAGGUCUUUCAUGUAUAAGUAACAUUUGAAAUUUUUAAAAAAAAAUGCUACCUAGCCUGGCCUUGGACUCCAUCUUUAUAGUAGGUUGUCUUAGAAGCGCCGCUAUUUGGUAGCUAACUGCAAUUUAACUUUACACUUUUUUUUUCCAUCUCUAUCCCAAUUUCCGUCCCCGGGAAAAUAGCUUCGCCUAUAGCUGACUAUUGAAAGUAAUGUAAUAGCGAUACAUCAUCUUAUCUGCGCGAUGAGUUAUACACAUAGUAUUUUUAAAAUCUACUUCAUUAUAUUAAAAGUUUCUUGUUGAAUAUCUUAAGUUUUCAUCCAUGUGUCGCUUAAAGUUUAAAUAUAUCAUUUUUAUUAAAAUGGGUGUACAAGAAUAAUAUUUUGAUAAUACCACUUUACGCCUUAAAUCCUAGUUCAAAACUAAAGUUAAACAAAUACUUGAUUGCUUUGAUAAGGCUUGCUUCAACUAUGUCCCCGGUAUCAAUACAAACAAAACCGUGAUAUUGAUCGAGCCAGCACAAGGAGAAUAUUUCAAAUAAAAUAAUGUUCACUUAAAGUACACAAUUUCCAAGUAGAGGAACAAAUCACAUAUUUAUAGUCAUAGUCAGUAUUAACAGGAAAUGAUUUCACACAAAACAUUUACAAGACAAAUGUAUUUGUGAGACUCCGCUUUUAUCACCAAGGUCAUGGCUAUCGUAUUAACAACUUAUUACACGCCAGCGAGUCAUGGACAGAUGAAAGCAUACAGGCUAGACAAAUAAACCAUCUUCAACUAUGCUGACUACACAAAUCUUUUGACAUACGUUGGAGGGAAAAGUCCUUACCAGAUUAGUCUAAUAACACACAUCAUAAACAACUAAUGUAUGGGAAAAAUGUCGACAUCAAAACGCUCCCUUGGUGGGAGUAAAAACGCUAUAAAGAAUAGCAUAAAUCGUCACUCUAAUCAAUGGAUAUUGACCUGAACUCAUGGUAAAUGCUAGCUUUGAAUCACACAAGCUGGCUAGGAAGACCCACUGUUUGGAUAUAUUUUUCAGAGAGUACUACUACCACUUAUUUCCCAAAGGUAGCAUGCAAAGGAAAAAAUAGAACGGCCUUAAAUCUCCUUAUGACAUCAGGAAAAGUGUAUUCUACAAGCGGGCAAGCUUUCCAUUCAGGAAUAUGACUGUCUGGCCACCAGCUUAUUCACCGUCGAAUAUAGCCUUAAUCAUUUACGCAUGCAAUGGAAAAACAAGUUGUUUUCAUAUGCUAUAAAAUAAAAACUUGCAAUAAUGACGUAAGCAUUUAGUUCCGUUAUAUUGACUUAGAGUUUACCCUUCCAAGUACAAAUAUAUGCUAAUUUCAAAGCAACAAUUUUUAAAUAUCUAUAACAUAUGAUAUUUUUCUACAUUAUUUUUUAUUAUUAUUUGAAUUAUUUGAAUUAUGCGCAUUAUUAUUCUUUGUAUAAUCACAUUUGUAUAAUUGUUACUAGGCGAAAAUUAACUAUGUUAUAGUAAAUUAAACCAUAAGCAAACUGUUUUACUAUAUAUUUAUUGCAACUUUAAAAAAAUCUAUUUUACUAUUAUUUAGAUGAAAAGUUACUAAAUACUUAAUAUUAUAUAAUAUAUUUAUAUAUUUAUAUAUGUAUAUAUAUAUAUAUAUAUAUAUAUUUGUGUGUGUGUGUGUGUGUUUAUAUUCUAUUUGAGUAAAACAUUCAUUUAUUCAUUUAAUAUUCAACAGGCAUGUAUAGAGACGAAUGGAAUUCAGUUGAAAGACCACACUCAUUUACUUUUGUCUAUACCAAAGCUAAGGAUGGCCUAGUGUCCCUCACUUGGAAAAAUUAUGUGCCAAGAACCCAGUUUCAGUGUUCUAUUUAUAACAUGCCAAAAUGUGAUGCCGCUGAUGAAAACACAUCUUCGGUUUACGAGGCAAACAUGACGUCGAAUUCCUCUGCAUACAUAAGUGUAUUUACUAUCAAAUCUGUCCAAUUAUUUCAAGAUAAUACAAUCUGGAUGAGUCUAGCCGAUUUAAGUAAUAACUCAAACAUUUUAACGCAGUAUCAUCUCAAUGUUUUUGGUGAGUUAAAUAUAUUUCAACAUCAUUCAAAUAAUUUUUAAAUUUUUUACUGUGUAGUUUAUAUUCUUUGUAAACCACUACCUGCAAAGAUCUUCAAAUAUUGUUUCUUUAUUUCUCUUCUUUUUCCGCCAUAUAAGAAAUAAAAUAUGUGUAAAAUAAUAAUACUCUGUAAAUUGGUUAAGGAAAUAUGCCGUGAAAGCACUCAUACUAUUUUACAUGCCUUAAAACAUUUUAACCUCCCAAACUUUUCUCAGCUCAAGCUAAAACGCCAACAUGUGACACAGUAACUCUAUUUGAUGAUAUCAACAUUCAGAUACAUUGUUUGACGGAAUCUGUUUACCCUGCAGCCAUCUGUGAAUUUUAUAUCAAUACUAAUGUAAGUAGGUCAUUGGUCAAAUAUUAUAUUUUUUUAACUUUGCUCAAGAGAAAACAGUUUGAAAUAAAUGCAACCAAGAGGUAAUGGAUUUACUUUUCCAUAUUAUUUACCCGUUUUUAUUGUCUGUGAAUAAUCAAUCACUACGGCAAGCUCUGUAAACUUGUAACAAUGAAAGUAAAACUUUCUUUGAAAUUUAGCAGGGGAUUUACUUUUAAAAUUUAGACUAUGUAUUCCCAUAUCCGGGUAUUACAUUUUUUUUAAAGAAUAUAUCUUGAUGAGUCACUAGUGCGAGCUACAUAUCAAGUCUAUUAAAGAUGUCUCAUUAUCCUUAGCAGGAAAAUAAUAAAUAUAAAAUGAUUAGCAAUGUUACUAAAAAGUUAUAUCACACUUUAGAUUUUAAAAUAUCAAUUUUAAAUCUUUUUAACGUUUAAAACAUAAAUCCAUAGAAGUAUCUACGAGCUUGUGGUGUAGAGGUGAGCUCCAUAGCACGCAAAAUAAAAUGCUAAAUUACUGUGCGAAGUGUGAUUUCUAAAAAUACCGCAAGUGCGUUUAAUGCGUAUAUGUUCUUUCUUCUAUGCACAUAGUCUUAAUUUAAAUAUGGUCUAAUAAAUCUGAUGUGUAAAGGUGUUAAGACUUAAAAAUAUUAUUUUAUUUUAGGGGAGAGAAAAAGAAUGUUUUGUCAAGUAACUUAAGUAAGUGGAAAGUCCACCCAAUACCGUCACAAUGGUUUCGCGGGCUAUAACUUGUUGACAAAAAACAUCGUUCCUAACAGACGUUCCUAUAUUGCGCAAUUAAGAUGGACUCAAUUAUAACUUAAAUUAAAAAUGUAUAACUACAAUAUGAAUAUAAUAGUUUGUAUUAUAUUAUUGCCCAAAGGUAACCGCGACUCUAUGGACAUUCAGAUGAGAUACAUUAUAAGACGUUGAGAACUUCUGUUAUAAAAUGAUAAAGGGUAAAAUAUAUCACAAACACGAACCUAGUUUCUUGAUUUAAAAUAUAACAACAUCAUUUCUAUUCAUAUUAUACAGUUGCUAUUCUCUUUGUGACCUUUGAUUGCCAAAAAUACCUAAAGUGCACACUUUUGUAUUUGAUUCGUAUUGUUAUCUAAUUGUCUCAAUUUUAAACAAAAAUCAUAUUUAUGUUCGAUAUAGUAUCUAAAUUUGUUAAAUCAAAUAUAUUUUCUUUCAUUCAGACAACAGGUUUAGUUAAACUGACAAAUGGAUCAAUCCUCUAUAAAAAUCAGCCAUCCAGCACUAAUGGAUACAUUAGGACAGAAUGCACAUACACUGUCUCUGCUUGCAUCUUAGGACAUGGAUCACAUUUUUUUAGUGUUGUCAUGUAUCCAAACAUAACAUCAGACUUAACAGAUAAAAUCAAGACAGUGGGGCAGUACGAGAGCCAACUUAUAUUAGGUAAUAAUCUUUAUAAUUAUAAAAUCACAUUAAAGAGAAAUUCAUGUUUUACCCCACCAACAAACAACCUUCGCUAUACAUUCUAGAAAUACAAUCUGUAUAAGGCACAUGGAUGACCGAUGAGGUCAUUUAUUGCAGCGUUUCCCAAACUUUUAAGUUUCACGGACCGGUGGACAAGUUUCGAAACUGCACCAGGGACCGGUGCCAGAUUUAUUAAUUACUUUUUCUUUCUAAUUAAACAUCAAUAUUCAUGCUCUCCGGACCGGCGGAUAAUGGCCCACGGACCGGCACCGGUCCGCGGACCCCCACUUUGAGUUGCACUGAUUUAUUGUACGGAAAUGUGUUGUAUAGUAGUUACCAGAAGUAGACGGGACAUCUCCAUAUGAAGUGAUAAUCGCUAUGCUAAUCUACUUCAUUCAUUUUGGCACCGAUAUGUAGGUUGUUGACUCCAAUUAGUUAACAACUAUUUGUUGUGAAUGUAGACUUAUCCUUUUACAAAAUCCGUUUGGUUUAGGUCUUGUAUUUUUGUAGAUAUAUGUCUAUAUUUUUUAGUGUGAUAGAGCUCCGAUAUGUUGCAGCGUCAUUUAAGGAAGAUAUAAUUUUACUGGAAUAUCAGGAGUUUAAUUCUCGCAACCAAAGAAAUGAUCACCAGGUACACCAGUAUUGGUACAAAAAAAAGGAAUUAACCAUACGAAGCAUGAAAACAAUUACAGAAAUUAAAUAAGUCUAAUUGUAGUAUUCAACUGUAUGCUUCUUUGCGUAUUCAAUAGUUACUGUUUUCUUUUAAAAUUCUUCUUUGAAAAAAAAUAAUCAAAUUUUAAAAUUAACUUUAAAAAAAUUCAAAGCUUUUUCAUCAUUUUUUAAAGAAAAUUUCAAUCCUGCAAAAUAUUUUCUAAUUAUUUUAUUCUUUUAUUUAUUUUUUUUUUUUUUUUUUUUUUAUAUUUACCGGAUGCUCCAAUAAUAUACAGCAUUAAAAAUGGUGUUAAAAAUACAGCAGAUGGUAAUAUGCUGUCUCUUUAUGAAGGAAUUGAAAUUAACUUUAAAAAAAUUCUAAGCUUUUUUAUUAUUUUUUAAAGAAAAUUUCAAUUUUUUAUAAUUUUUUUUAAUUAUUUUAUUCUUUUUUUUAUUUUUUUUUUUUUUUUUUGUAGAUUUACCGGAUGCUCCAAUAAUAUACAGCAUUAAAAAUGGUGUUAAAAGUACAGCAGAUGGUAAUAUGCUGUCUCUUUAUGAAGGAAUUGCUUCUAUAAUUUGCGAAUACAAAAGAGGUUUCCCUCCACAUAAAAACAUAAGUUUAAAAUGUGGAACGAUCGAAAGUUAUUCCUCAAAUAAAGCAGGUGAAUAUUUUAAAACAAACUAUUUGAAUUAAAAUUAAUUAAAUUAUAUAAAAUAUUAUUUUUUUUUAAAUUUCAUAAACAUAUAAUCAUAAAUUGUAAUUACUUUUGUUAAGACGUGUUUGCUAAUAAUUUAAUAAUUUAAUACAUAAAACAAUACAAUAUAUGCUAUGAAUUAUCUUGACAUCUCUCUCUCUCUCUGUCUCUCUCUCUCUCUCUCUCUCUCUCUUAGCCAUUCUUCCCAAUGAAGCAUAGGCCCUCCACAAUACUUUUCCAUCUGUCCCGGGCCAUCUUUUCCAGCUCAGCCAAGCUUUCACUUCACCUCUGUCUCCAAUCCCCUCUUCCAUGUGGCUCUUGGUCUUCCCCUUUUCCUGGUACCUUGAGAAUUCCAGUUCAGGGCUUGUAUUUUGAUGUUAGUGUUUGGUUUCCUUAAUGCGUGCCCAAACUAUCUCGAUUUUCUCAUUUUUAUCUCUGUUUCCAUUGGGGAAAAAAAUACUGAAGAAUCAAAGUUAAAAAUAUUCAACCCAAUGUCAAUGCACUUCUUCUGUAUGGAUGUAACACUUGGAGAACAACAAAAACAAACAUAAAAAACAGCAUUUUUUUAUAAACAGAUGCUUGCGAGGAAUCAAAAUAAGAGAAUUUGAAAAAAUUAUCUUGACAUAGAAUAAUAGUAUUUGAAUUUUAAAAAAAUAAUAAUACUUAUUUAAAAUUUUAAAAUAUUAACCUUUUUACACGCCCAAUGACCAACUUUAUAAAUUGAUUUAUUUUUUUAAACAGAUAUAGAUAUGACAAGUGUGAUCUUAAAUACAUCAACUCUGAACGAUUACGCAACUUGCACGUGCAAAGUGUGGCGUGAUGACUUCAACUGUCCACAGAAAAGAGUCACCAUUAUUCUCAACGUAGAGCUGUGUAAGAGCUUGUUUUAACAUUUUAAUUUAGUUUUUAACUAAUUUUAAAUUUUUUAUUAUAAAAAAAAAUUUACACUUUGUUUUAAAUAGAGUUUUUCUUAGCUAUUAAAUGUAUAAAUAUAUUUAAAACGAGAUAUUUAAUGUGCUGCCUAAAGCAUCACAACUUAGUAAGAUUGAUGACACAUUUUCAAACAUCCAAUUUCAGCAAAAUUUAAUUACAGUUGCAAAAUAAUUAUGUUUCCAUAUUAUGUUACCUUUCAUGAAACACUUUAUUGCGAGAAAAGUUACGAGCAAAACAGCUUACUUUGCUUUGGGUUUUCUUUCAUGCAGUAUUUAAUUUGUGUUAAUUUUCUGGAUCUGGACAAUGCAAUGUAGCGCUGAUCUCGUGAUGAAUUUGCAGAAUUUGAUCAAUAUCAAAGUGAUCAAGUGUUAAAACUCUUUUUUUUUUUUUUUUUUUUUUUUUUUUUUUUUUUUUUUUUUUAUUUUUUUUUUUUUUUUUUUUUUUUUUUUUUUUUUUUUUUUUUUUUUUUUUUUUUUUUUUGUAAUCGCAGAAUUAUGAAUUAUGGGUAAUUUUGGAUUCUUUAUGAUUAACGGUUAUUCAAAAUUAUCCAGGACAGCUACUCGUUUGAUGAACAUUCUACUUGGGUAAACCAAAGGAUUGUGGUAAAGAAGGCUCAUUGAAAAAUCAGGAUUUGAUUAGACUCGUCCUUUGAAUAAAGUUCAGAAACGAGAGCAUUUUAAAUUGCCUAUAUUUGAAUAAGUGCCACCUAAGUUUUUGCAUGCAAACAUAUUGACAGAACUGAUUGUUGACGAUGUUUACUGGCAUGUCAAAUUAUAUGAAUUAACUGACGACCAUGAUCCCACAUUUUGUGUCAUUUAAAUGGACUAGGUAAAUAUAUAGAUUUUAAAAAAAACAGUGAGAAAUCCCAAGUAACACUUCUCCAAGACUUGUAGUGUUGACAUCCUUGUUUAAAUGUGACAGAUGAUUUUGUGAUUUCUUGCAGGGGAAAAAAAAGAAAUCACACUAAAGCGGACACUCAAGAAACAAAAAGGCCUUAGUUAAACGAUGUAAAGAAAACAUAAAUUGUCAAUAAAGAAAACAACUAGUGUUAAACAGCGUUAGAUAACAUAUAGGUAUCACUUCACUCGUGAAAGGGAAUUGAAUUUGACCCUGGAAAAAUGGAACACAUUAACAAUUUCGAAUCCACAACUGUGGAGUAGGUCAAGCACAAAUGAAGUUUGGAAGGAUAUUGAAAACAACAUUCUUAAUGACACACAGGAAAGGGGUAAAUUUGACUAUUGAAGAAAAACAAACCUCUUGAAGCAAACGCAGUUGAAAAGUAUCAUACUAGAACGUUCAUGAUCUACCAACUAUGCAGCCACAACAACCGAUUUACUUCUAGAAACCAAAGAAACCUUAAUGGAAAAUGAGACACAUUGUAGUAUAGAAAAGUUUUAGAUAUUAUAUAAUUGAAGCUGAAAAUAUGAGAAAGGCAUUCAAUGUAAAAAAGAAAAAAAAAGAAAAAGAAAAAAAAGAUCACAUUUAUAAAACACAGUGGAACUGUAUCAAAGGAUUUCAAAAACUCACCUUAUACCAAUUCUAAUAAACUGAUUCCAGACAGAAUGACUACCAAUAUUUGCGAAAUACCUCCUCAGAGGAUAAUACUGAAACCAACACUAGUAUCGGCAUUUAAAUACUACCGGUAAUCCUUAUUAAACCUAUGUUGAGUCGACCUAUCAGUGAGAAGAAAAUAUCUAUUUUAAUUAAUGGAAUAUAUUAGUUUCGUGAGAGUAUUGUGGAUUGGGGCUACCUCUAGAUUAUCAGUGUUGCAUGAAAAUGCAGGGAUAGAGACUAAGCUAACAUUUUUUUUUUGUUUUUUUUGUUUUUGAUCUAAAAAAAUUAUUAGUUGUUGUCAUUUCUUUCGCUUACUUUGAAUAUUAUUUUUUUUUAAGGAUUAAAGUUGAUUUAUGAUUAAUUUUUAAUGUUGAGUUUAUGUAUAAGGAUCAAUACUUAUUACGUCAUUCUUUUUAUAGUAAAUUACAUCUUCCAGUUUUGUCUAUUCAUUAUUACUUCAUCUUUCUCUUCAGCAUGCCAAUUUCAUGGACGUGUUCCAAUUCUUUACUACUUUUAAUCUAAUUUAAAUAAUUUUGUUUUCGUCUCUUUCAAUACAAAUGACUUUUUAGUAAUUAUUAAUUAACCAUAAGCAAAACAAAAAUUAAUCUGUUUUUGUUUAAAUUUCAAUUAAUUUAAAUAAAGCAAAUAUUAUGGAACCUCUCCCAUUUAAUGAAACAGAUCAAAGUAAUUUAGAUAAUGGUUUCAAGGCAGCUACUAUUGGACUUGGUGUUACAGCCGGCAUACUUGUCCUUGUUCUUCUUGUAGCUUUUACGGUGUUCAUUGUUUGUCGAUAUAAAGGUAAGUUCUCAUUUUGUUUUCCAUCCUACAUUUUUUUCUGAGAGCAAGUUCUGCAUGUAUGCAAAUUUAAUAAAAUAUUUAAAUGUUUUUAGUUGAAAUAAGCAAGUGAAAUUUGGACUCUAAUACAAAUGGCAGAAAACGUAGUAAACACAUGGGAUAGAAAAGUUAUCCGAAAAAUCUAGAGACCCAACAUUGGAUGAACAUAGAUUGAGAAUACGAACCAACCAGAAAUUGUAUAAUUUUUAUUAUGAUCUUACGCUAGUAGCGUAAAUUUAAAAAAGGCAGGCUAUGCUAGGCGGGAUACUUAGAAAGAGUCCAAAAUAACAGAUGAGAGAAGAGGGUACAUCACCAAAUCUUUAGAGGAAGAUAGCUUAAAGGAAGAACAAGGCUUGGAUGGAUGGAAGAUGUAUAGGGAAACUACAGAAGCUGUGUAUCAAAACAUGGAAAAGAAAAGCUUCAGUUAAGUCUCAGUGGAAGGAUGUAGUGAAAUAGGCCAAAACCCUACAGGCAGUGUUUCUUUCAGGCAUCGUUCCUGGGAGCACUACCCCCGUCCCUUCCGGGGAAAGUCAAGUGCCCCCGGAGCAAAAUAUGAACAACAAUAAAUCGAAAAGUUAUUUUAUUUUAAAAACUAUCAAAUUUUUAUUUUUUCACAACUUUAAAAAGAACAGAACUGUUGCCUUUCACCAUAUCAUUUAGUAAAAUCGAUAUAAUAUGGCUACGAUCGAUAUAUUUGAUGAUCCGUAUAUUUAAGUAUAAUCUUGUUAGAGGCUUACACUAUUCAAUUAAAAAUAUCGUAUUGUUUCGAAAAUUGGCUGCGUCCGAUAAUGAGCAAAAAUCGUACUUCUUGUUGCCAGAAUAUAUCGCAAUUUCUAAUUAGAUCUAAUUAUUUUGUGCAACUUCACAAGUUUAAAGACCUUAAUAGCACUAUUGUAAACUAUAUUUACAUCAAUAUCAAGGUAUAUAAUUUCUUUUACCCUGUCUGAGGCAUAGGCCUUCCACUAGAAUGUUCCUUUCAUCACGGUCCUGUGCUUUCCUUUCCAGUUGCUUCCAGGUGUAUCCUAUUUUUUGAGUGUCUGCCUCUAGCUUCGUCUUAAUGUAUUCUUUGGCCUUCCUCUCUUUCUUUUUCCCUGUCGAUUCCAUGUUAGGGAUUUUCUGGUGAUGCUAUCUAAGGAUUUUAGGAGAGUAUGCCCUGUCCACUUUAAUUCUUUCUUUGUGAUAUCUUCAUUAAUGGGCACCUGGUAAGUCCUUUCUAGUAUAUGUUUGUUACUGAUUGUAUUAGGCCAUUUAAAAUGUAUUUCAUCACAAAAGCAUAACUGUUAAUGGCGUAUUUAGAGUGUUUUGCACCAGAGGAAAAUAUUCAUUUUUACACUCCACUCCUAGACUCUAAAACCCAUUAUUAUCUAAAAACUAUAACAACCAAGAUAGCUCACACGCAAACUUAUGAAUACCAAAAUUGUUUAAAAAAAGGUUAAAUUAUGAAUAUAUGCUGAUAUAAAUAUGCAAAUACAAUGCGGAAAUCUUGGGUAAGAUUGCGGGAAUAAACCCAAACUGUCAAAUCCGGAGAUGGAGUUCCGAAGUUGAUCUGACGCCGAUAAUAAUGUCAUUUCGUCAAUUCCUGCGACGCAGACAGUGCCAAGCUGUAUUGACAUUUGUCAUUCCAAUGGGUCCACUUGUUGCGUGGAGAGUGGGGAUCUGCUGCAUUGGGUAACAGCUGUUCUUCAUAAAUCACCGUCCAGGCUAAGUAGCUAUAUUAGCUGCUCACUUUACGAGGAGCAAGUUUGUUUUGUAAGGUAAAAAAGUCAAUGGGAGGAAGAUUCAACCACUUCGCUUAGCAAAAUGGUAUGUGAGAACCAUGUGUCCUGGAUUUGAAACGGACCUUGAUCAGAUUGACAACGCAAGGAAGACUGCCGUAAUUGAUAAAGAACUCGCCAGACUGAACAUUGAUAUUGCAGGCCUUCAAGAGACCCGACUAGCGGAGAGUGGUACCAUAAAGGAAGCCAGCUACACAUUCUACUUGCAGAGGAAACCCGCAGAUGAACCUAGAUGGCAUGGUGUUGGAUUUGCCGUAAAAAAACAUAUUAUUGGCCUGUAUUGAACCUCCUUCAUUGGGAUCGGAGAGGUUUCUGCGACUGUGGAUGUCAUCAUCAGCAGGCGAGGUCAACGUAUUCAGUGUGUAUGCUCCAACUCUUCAUUCGACUCCAGAAGAGAAAGAUUUUUUCUAUGAGACCCUUGACCAAGAAUUAUCACGUAUUCCCCAAACCUAAGCAUUUUACGUUCUGAGAGUAAAAAAGGCAGAAAAUAGUAGAAAUGAUGCCCUUGAAGAAAAAGAUCAAUUCGAAAAUCAAGAUCUCAAUAUUCUCCUGCGAGAGAUACGGCCAUGAUUGUCACUCUAGGAUUGGCCUAGUGAGCCACUCGUCAAAGUGUAGAGCUAUAUAGCUACUCCAUCGUCCCACGAAGACGGAAUGAUGUCAUAUAUAUAUUAACAACCAAAGGCCACAUUUGCACCUCGGUUAGACUGAAGCCCUGGGACACCUGUACCCUCUGACUCCUUAGCUGCGCAUCUAGCCACUGUCACUGCCACCACCUCGAGGAUAUAGUCAGACAGUGACACUAUCUACAUGAUCUAUAGCGCCACAGAUAGGGAUGGAUAUUUAAGUUAUUUUUAUUUUUUUGUUGUUGCAAAUUCAACAUUUUAAUAACGAGUAAGGUUUAUACAUUGAAAACGACAAUGUUAAAAAUUAAAAUGUUAUGCUAGGUUUCUAAAAUAUUAGAACAUUAUGUAAAAUAUAAAAACCCAUAAGAAACAAUUUAUUUCAUAGAACAUUGUUUAUACUGUUGAAAUUUUAACUUUUAAAAUAUUAUUAAACAAUAAAAGAAUAAUGGUACAUCUAUAAGAAUUAUUCUACACAUUCAGAUACUUGGUGUUGAAACCUAUUAAUUUAAAAUUAUCUUGGAUUACCAUUUUUUUAUGAUGAACUACUGAUACCGGUAAUUAAAAUUGCACAUAAUUUUUUAUCAAAAUAUAUUUUUUUCAGGAAAAUGUGUGACAAAGUCAAGGAAUGCGAAAAAAGAGUAAAUUUAUUAUUUUUAUUUUUGAAAUAUUUGGUUAGUGUACUGUGGACUAUAUAAGGCAGGGGUCUCAAACUCGCAGCCUAUGGGCAAAUAGCGGUCCGCAAGAAGACAUUUUGCAGCCCUAUAAUUGACAGCAUAGUAUAGUGUUAUUGCGGCCCGCGCGUUUUCCUCAUUGUUAUAUCUAUAAUGUUACCCUCUGUGACUUUUUCAGUCCAAUUUCUCCGACUAGUCCCAUUUCUGAUUUUUUAUUUUGUUUGCAUAAGUUUGGGCGUUGAUACCAGUGGUAGAACCUUUUUUAAAAUCGGUUUAAAAAUUUUUAUUUUGUAGUAUUUUGUGAAACAAAGAUGGCCAAAGGGCGGUUUUGAUAAAACACGCUUCGAAUAUUGCACAUACGCAUAUCAAAGUUUAAAAAGUCAGUACUUGGGCAAUACACAACCAUAAUUGUGUAAAUCAUAGCAAUGUGCUUGAAAUUGACCUGAUUGAUCUUAAAUGCAAUUCUGAGAUAAAGGCUACCUUCUGAGAGGGGAAUGAAAAAACAGACAAGCAUGGACAAUUUAUGAAAGAAUUUUCCUUCACCCUUCACAUGUGAAAAGCUCUUAUCCAUUAUGAACUUUAAAAAGUCAAAGUUCAGUGACUUACUGAUGAGCAUCUUCAAGCUAUACUGAUGGUCUCAUUUGCUUCCUUAAUCAAUGCAAAAUUUGCUCAGCUCUGUAAGAAAGAGAACUGCCAGGUCUCUGGCAAAAAGGAGUAGGAGGAAGUAAGUGAAGCCUAGUCCUUGAAAAAACGUAAUGCUUUGUAUGUGUUAUUAAUAAAGUUUGAGCACAUUGUAACAGUUGUCCCUUCUUAAAUUUGUCAUCUUUUUGUGGAAUACUUGAUAUGGCUCAGACUCACUCAGACUCUACCUCCUGCGGCCACCAGAUAAUUUGAGUUUGAGACCCCUGAGAUAAGGAUUUGCAUCUCUAAACAAAACAAAUACAGGUUUAUUCUAACCAAUUUUCGGUCUAGCUUCCCUUAGAAGGACAUAACAAUAUAUCUCCAUUGAUAAAGAAAAAAAAAUAUAUAAUGCUGAUAACAGUAAAUUUCGAAACUACGAGUGGACAGAUAGAGCAUCUUAUUUAUUGUAAAGUGAAAUUGAUCUCUUAAAAAUGUGAUAUUUUUUUAAAUGGUAAGCAGGGACAAAAACCUGGGUUUAGAAAGCCCUUUUUAUUUCAUGAUUAACCAAUAUCGAUUACAAUCACCUAUGUGUUUUAAUAAUGUAAGGGGGUGAGACUGAAAUCCUGUUACAUUUAAGAUAGUUUUUUAUUUUAAAUUAAUUUUUGUAUGUGUGUGACUCUUUCUUUGUAUGGUUCGCGGAAGAAUGCUUCAUGCGGUUUUAGUUGGCUUUUUUUUGGGGGGGGGUUAUUUUUGUAACGUUUCUAAGAAUUUACAUAGCUUCUUUGAUAUAUUUCCGUAUUUUGAAUUGUUGGGAAUCUUUCUGGCUUAAUUUAAGCAAAUAAAUCAUAAGAAAUUCAUCAAAAUGAAAAAAAAAAUUUAUACUUAAAUAAUGUAAAGAAAAUCUUCAAUGGUCUAUCCUAUUUCAUUUUGCGAAGUUUUAAAAGUCUCCAAUUUAAUAAAGAGGAAAACAAAAAUGUCUUUUUUUUUAAUUUGAACAGUUAUUAUUUUAAUUUCACCCCCUAAAACACUCACCGAAAUAUUACAUUGCAUUAAAAAAAUAACUUAUGAGAAAUAACAAAACGCUAAUUUAUGUAUUUAUCUUUUCAUGUAAUUUAUAUUUUGCUCUAUAAAUUUGUAUUUUUACCACUUCAGUAACACACGAGCAUAUUCUGACAUAGAAAUAGAAGGUAAGAAGACAAUUAUAUUUCUCAAAAUCAUAAGUACGCAUGGUACAUUGUUAGUUAUUUGAAUGUAAAUUGCUAUCAAUUUUUAACCUCCAAUACUGCUUUUAAAAUUUAGUUAUCAGCUACAAUAUUGAUUUGCAAUUUUUUUAUCUUUACAACUCACUAAAUAUGAUCAGAAAUUUAGACUGCUGCAUGUAAAAUACUAUGGAUGCAAUCACAUGACCCCUCUUUGCUGCCUUGACAUUUAUUUAUCUUUAAAUUAUGUAAGCCAUCCCUCCCUUCUUCCAUGUCCAUGAAUGGUAAGUUCUCAAAAGGACAACCCCACACCCCUUUUUAAACAAAAUAAAUAUUUUGUUUCGUUUAUUAUUAUUAUUUUAUUUUUUAAAGAAUCCUAAUCACAACUUCCACUUCAAAAAUGGCUUCAGUUUUCUUUUUUGGUAAUGAUUAAUUUCUAAAAUAAGCUCCCUAUCCCAUUCAACGACAGCCCCACCCCCACCCCCCUUUUCUAAUAUACUUAGGGAUAAUAAUUAAACCCCUCAAUUUGUUUGGGGUCUAAACGAAAAAAAUCUAUUUACCGAUUUUCACGUCUUUAACAUUAAAACGUUUUAAAAUAUCAAAAUCCUCAUAUAUAAAUGAAUGGGAAUCGCUUAGUCGAUUGAUUUGUCAUGUGAUGAGAGUAAAAACGAGUAAGACUUCCGGUAGGCUGUAUACAACACACUAGUGCUUGACAACAGUAGCCCGUUACACACUACAACUAAAAAUUCAAGAUGCCUAGGCAAUGUUCGGAUUUUGGCUGUUCAAACAGUCAAGUUAAGGACAGCGGUAUAAGUCUGCAUAAGUUUCCGCUUAAGGAUAAAGAAAAUUUAGGACAAUGGCUUGACAAAGUGGACCUUCAUUAAUUAUUCAAAUUAAAUCUUGUUCCAACCUGUUAUUAAAAUAUUCCUUCGCUGCACCAAUAUUGAAUAAAAACGCAAAUGACGUCAUGUGUAUGCCGACAUUUCGUCCAAUGAAAAUUAACAAUAAAAUAAACAAAGGGGAAUGACUCCUGCACAAAAAUUGUAUUAACACGCAAAUGAGUCAUGGGCACGCAUGGAGCUCAACAACAGCCUGCGAUGAUAGUAUUGAUAGUUCCCAUUGAAUAUCACUCACACAUUUUUCUUGAAAUAACUUUCUUCCUUUAAUCAUGACUGACGUAUAUUUAUUGUCAGAUGUAUGUAUUUCAUUUAAAAAACGCGUGUUUUCCAGAAUAUUUUGAAAGGUAAAAUUUUUAAGUAACAUGACAUUGGGGAAGCACUGAUGAAGUAUCUUUUGUUGUGUGUAGCAGCCUAGUGAUGGCUUACUCUCAUCACGUUACCAAACAAGGAAGUGACUAAGCGACUCCCAAUCACUUUUCUCCUACUCCAUAAAAAUGUGUUGUUGUUUUUUGUUGUUUUUUUCUUUAAAAAAUGUCAAACACAUGGUAAUAUUAAUGGUGUUGCAGAAAAAACAAAACUAAGUGACAAUUUUACCGUUUUGAAACAUAAAAAUAUAGAUGAAUUAGUUUUAAAGGACAUGACAUAAAAAAAGUAAGGUUUGUGUCUGUUUUUGGCCGGGGGGGGGGGGGGGAUUUUAGUUUGGAAUGUUUAAUUGAACAUUAAAUGAAAUGGCAAUUUCUCAAGAAAGUUGAUAGAUUGUCCUUGAUUUUUUUUUUUUUAACUGCGGAUAUGGGGGGUGGGGUUUGAGGAAUUAAGGAGCUAUUGAAGUCGAGUGGGAAAUCAUUAACCUGGUUAAUGUUCAUAAGGGAAAAAAUAUGGGCUGAAGAGGAUGGUGAAGAAGGGCAGAGGAAAAUUCCUAGCGCCGUAAGUUGUGAAGGGAAAUUUGAGAUUGUGGGUUGGCGGUAGUUGAUCGCAAAGAGAAUCUAUGGCAUGAUGGGAAUAGGAGAUCUGAGGACAUUAAUUAUACACGCAAGUCAAAAUCUUCUUUUUUUUUUAACUGGUAGGGUUUACCGAUCUCUUUAUGCUGAAUUAUUGGAUUUUUUGAAAUUUUAUGAAUCAUAAUGAGCGGAAAUAUGUAGAUGAGUAGGAAAAAAAAAGUUGGCUUGAGGAGGUUUAAUAUUUAACAAAAUUGUACUUUUCAUGAAAUUAUCCUUUACUUUUUGUUAUGUACAGAAAACCCACACACGUAUGAAAUGCCAAACUGUAAGGCAACUGAUUCAGCUCAACAAGAUUUAACAAAGGUUAACAUGAACAAGAGGAAAAUCACGGGUAAGAACGAAAGAAUGUAACAACAUUUAAAUCAAUCUGUAAUGUUGCUCGUUUUUUAUUUUUUAAUUUAAAGAAUUAUUAUUUUUUUAAUCUGCCCACUUCUGCAUUCGAGGCGUCGAGGGGAGACAACCUUGGCGAUCUUCCGCAAGGUGUGAGGUCUGCUGAAGAUUUCUGUUGUAAAUUGUAAGGGGUCUUAACCAAGCAAAGCCACCGCAAGUGUAGUUUUCCCCUGGUCCUAAAAACCCGGGUGCCUGCUUUUAUUUGGUCGCAUUGCGUGUUAAGUGACCCGCUUUCUUACCAGGUGUCAAUACCAAUAAAUUGCUGUUGGGUUGUAAAGUGGCUCAAUCGUAAGUGACCUAAAAAUGUCUUUUUCGGGGACAUCAAUUAUAUCAAUAUAGUACGUAAGCACAAAGGUGAGGGGCCGUUGUAAAUUUUGCGUACGCAUGCGUAUGUCGUCACCGGGGGGGGGGGGGGGAUUAGGUGGGGGGGCACUAAUUGAAAUUCUUUAAAAGGGGGGGGGGGGGGGGGGCAAUGUUUCCUCUAAGGUCUGGUGGUUCGUGUGCAAAAUCAUAAAGUUGUGUGCACAUUUGUACAGCAUCAAUUUUUUGUGCGCACAAUUUUACAGCCUACAGACACAAAAACACACACUUAAGUGGAAAUUAGCUGCGCGGUACUCAAAACUGCUGCGCGGCGUCUGUAUGAUUACUGCGCGGCCGCGCAGCUUAAAGGGAACAUUGGUGGAGGGUCGUCAGAAAGUAUGCAACUAUAUUUACACUUUCUGCAACUAUCUUGAAAUUAUAACAUUCCAUAAAUAGCUUGUUUAUAAUUUUUGUGCCGUAGAAUAUCAUGCAAUGUUUUGUAGAGAUUGUUGUUAUAAUGUUGCCUUGUGUUUUCACAAGUGAACUCGCUACAUAUCUAAUAGUAGUAACAGUGAUAUAUUGUCAGUCGCAUGCUCCAUGUGCAUGUGAAUUAUUUUGUUAUGCUACACCAAUGGUUCCUAAAAUGUUUCCAUUCCCGUCAUCCUUGAAAAUGUACGUUUUCACCAGGCACCUUAUGUUAAAUUCUGACAAAGGCAUGCUAAAACAGCGAAUACAUUUUGAAAUUUAAAAAAAAAAAAAAAGUUUUAGGUAAACAUAAAUAUAACACGUAUAAUGUAUGUAGGUUACUAAGCGUAAUUUUGUAAUUCUUAACAGUAGUAUCCUGUAUUCAAGUAAGUUACUAUUUUUAUUAGGUCCGCUGAUCACAUUGGAUUAAAAAUGGAAAUGCAAUUAUCACAAAUGUUUAAUAUUUUGCGUCGACUUUAUGAGGAAGCCGUGGCAACCCAGGCAUACGGUCAUGCCUAGAGAGAAGGGAGCCUGAAAACGAGGCCAUUAAGGGUCUAAUUAUCCAUGGAUGAUUAACCCCACACCCCCUGAUGUUGACGCGCGGGGCAAGGGGCAACUUUUCGAGGCACUGCCUGAGAGCAACACAGAUAAGCGGCGACGCAUAUUUUAUAAACCCCUGGGCUCGCCAAACAUUGUUAAAAAAUCCAAGAAAUAUUUAAAAAAAAAAAACUGUAUUGUUAUAUAUUGUCUGAAAAUAAAUUGCUAUUGUUUAUUUGGUUUUUUUUUAGAUGUGGGAUGGGGAUGGAGUGUGGAUCACUCAUUGUACGUACGCAUAGGGGUGUAUCCAACACGUUCGCGUGCAUAGGAUAAAUGGGGAUCGAUAAUUUACUUUUUUUGCGUAUGCAAUAAAUGGAUAGCCACUCACAUGGUUUCGAAUGGGGUUCACUCUCGUUUUACCAGCCUUGAGAUUAAGGGGCUAUGUUUAAAUACUUUAAAUAACUUACCUUUUUGUAGUUGACCGACUGACUGGCAAAAUCUUGAUCGACAUUCUGUCAAACUAGUGUUUCCGGUGACAUUUUAUCAAAUUUUUAGCCUGAUCCCCAAAAUCUAAAUUUAAAAAACAAAUGUUAAGUGGGAAGAUAUAAUGAAAUACCCGAUUACUGCGCUAAAUGAGAUUCUAUAUAAAAAAAUACCAAGGGCUUUUGGUGCGUAAUGUUGUUUUUUUUUUGUUGUUGUUGUUGUUUAUUCUGUAUUGGUUGACGACAUUAAUCUGCUGUGUAUAAGCGGGUGGAUCAUUAGAUUAUUAUUAUAGCUCAGGGGCAUGAAAAAAAAGUGCGGCUGCGAGCCUUAAGUGGGGGAGGGGCACUAAUUGGGAUUCUUAUAAAGAAUGCUUGAUGUGUAAAAUUUUCAACCCUCAACACCCAUUUCUUGAUAUUUUAUUUUAUAAUGGAUUUACACGAAAAUCUAUGUUUUUAGGGGUUGUUUAAUUUCUUACGAGAUUAUUAUUUAGUUUUAUUUUAACAAUAAUGUGCUAUGAAAUAAAACCAAAAAAAAGGAUGAACUUUUUCCUUCACAAAAUUUUUUUUUUUUUAAAAUCUAGACCUGGACUCAGAAAAAGGCUUCUAAAGAUUUAGUAAGAAACUUCAUAUUUAUCCUGUCCAUCCGAGGAUGCGUCGCGGUAGUAAGGAACAAAUCAAUUAUUCAUGUUUUUAUUCAAUGUGGGCCAUUUGACAAUAUGGGGUUUGCCGAUGGGGUUCUUCCUGGGCGUUAACCCUAAAAAGCGUUAGCACGUGUCUCUUCUGGUAUUUUGCUAUUUAACUUACUAAGGCUAUUGAAGAUGAAUUUAAUUUCUUCUUCCUCGCUUACAAAGUACGGUAAAUCAUACACACUAACAACUUAUAUUUCAAACACGUGGUUGCUGACCUUAAAUGGAUAUGACUUAUCAAACAAGAACAAAUGCUUUAUUAAAAACGUAAGAAAGUUGGAGAUAUUAGAUGUUAUCACUGGUUGGUAUUUUUAAGUGGAGAUCAAUGUUUCUUUUCCCUGAAAAAGUGUGAUUUUGCAAAUUUUAUGUUAAAUAAUGGAUUACUGUCAAUUAAACAUCUAAAAUUAUUGUAUGAAUAAAAGACAAUAUAAAGCACUCGACAAUAACAGCACCUUUUAGCACUUAAAAUUAUGUGGGAAAUGCAACGCAAAAUCGUGAGUAGAAUGUGGCAAGUUGUCUGCUGAUCCUCUUUUAGAUAAAAACAAAGUAUGCUACUGAUAAAAAAAAAAAGAAUAUUUAUUAUUUAUUAAAUUUACGAAAAAAUGUCUAUUCCUUUUAUCACCAUAAACGUUUACAUAAAGAUGAGAAUCAUGUCCAUGAUGAAGCUGUCAUUGAGAAUAGAAACCGGGAAAACAGUGUGGCAGAGAAUCGUUGAUCAAUAAUUUUGAUAUGAUCAGGUAACAACUUCUAUUUAAUUUUUGUGGUAUUUUUAAUUGUAUGCUCAUGAAAAUUAGAUAAUGCGUAUCACAAAAAUAUGUUUUUGUAAAUAUGGCCAGCAUAUCGACACUAGGUCGGAAAAUGCAAAAUUUUUAUACGAAAGUUGGCACUUCCUCUACAGUUAAAUCAAAUACCGUAGAGCUUUUUAAACUUCAAAUGUAAUAUAUACUUUAAUUAUUUUUGCAAAUACUAUUAUGAGACCGUACAUUUCUCUGCAGUUGUUCCUUUUUCAAUAAAGUUACUAAAUUAUUAUAACACACAUAUGUUAUAAGUGUCAUUAUUAACAAAAUUACUUAUAAUUUUAAUAUAUAAUAUGUAAUCGAGUGGUGCGUGGAUGGCAGUUUAAAUGUAUAAACAAGGAAAUGCAUAUAUGACAGCUAUAGCUUUAUUUCACGAAAACGUGUGGUUCAAGUGUUUGAUGAUGAACCAAAAGUACAGAUAAAAAAAAAAAAAAGAGACAACAUAUACCGGUACAGUGAAAUAUAAAACACGGACAAAGCUGAUUCACAGAAUGAGCGGGUUUAUCCCACUUGCCUUAUGCAGACACUAUAACGUCUACGUCAUGAGUUGUUCAUCGGUGUCCCAUGAGGCAGGCAUGCCCCAGUUCAGUGGGUGAACAUGCCUGGGGUAAACCACAGUAACACAAGAGGGUUCUCCUUUUCCUAAUCACAGAUAUCUAAGAUGAGCUCAAUUAUUUCCCUCAAAGUUAAAUCAAAAUUCAUUUAUUGUUCCCCAAUCUAACAUAAUUUAACAGUGUGCUGCACCAACUGCUAAGAAAUCUAAUUAAUAUUUCUUAAAUUUAAUAAUGUUACAAAGGGAGUGAAAUUCCAUGCCAUAUUCCAUGACAUUAUUAUUUCUGCGCUUGAUAAAUAUUUCAAAUAUUUAUUGUUAAAAUUGUAAUAGUGUUAAAAUGUCUUUCUAAGAUUACUUAUGCACCGGUUAUGUGUUGACAAAUGAAUAAUUAAAAUGUAAUCAAAUACAAUUUCCAUUUAUUUGGAUCAAUUGAUGAGCCCUAUAAUAUCACCUGGAUCAUGUCAAGGUCUCUUCCUCAAAGUAAGGACCGAACGAUAUGGACAUUCAUGUAUUCCCAAACCCGUUAAAUGUACCACCAUCCUGCUACUUCGGCUGUUAUAAAAUAAAAUAAUCAAUCUGAAGGUCAAUAAGUGAAGUUUUACGAUAAAUAGUAGCUGGCUUUUUGCACUUGAGAAACACAGUAUGCACCCAAAGUAACAGUACUGAAACUGCUGCUUCUUCAAAACGUACGUGCAUAGCUCCAGUCGCCAAGGUGUUCUCAAAGGUGUAAAGCGAGUUGUGCUGGGCAUGCUUGCUGGAAAUGGGUCUCUCUACGGAGGACAAACUUUUCAUAUUUGAGCAUUUUGUCGCUCAUAUAUGCUUUCUACUGCUAACACAUUUCGCCAUUUUAAUAGUAUACUGUCUCAGGGGAAGGGUAAACCUACUCGGACAGAAACUGUCUCGUGAAAUGAGAAUCACGUACCGUACAUGUUCUGCAGCAGAUACUACAUUCGCCCCUCUAACUCUACGACAAACAUCUUUGAAACUGAAUAUGAGCGAUACGUCUGUCCUCCGUUUAUCUUACAUUAUAGCAUUUUCGUACCGGUACUGAAUACAGGUAGGGCAAGGCUUGACUGAACCAGAUAUGGGAGCCGAGAUUAAUUUUUUUUGUGCAGCAUCUUUGACCAUGGCAUUCGAGGAUCCAUAUUUUUUUUAGGAAAUUAUGGUUCUCGAACAAAAGCCACAUUCACGUGAACGGUUGUAUUAAUCCUCAGAUGCUCACUACUUUGGUUUUGAGCGGCCAGGUGUUAAUAUCUAGAAACCGCUACACAGUACUCGUGUUACGAUAUGGUGUGUCAUCUCAGGACACGGUAUAUUAGGUCCUUAUUUUAUUUAAGAAGUUAAAGAAGUUUAUGCUUUUGACUUUAACAAGAACCCUUCAGUAGCAUAGUGAUUGAAACCUUUCUUUAGGCUUUGAGAAGAUCACGUCGUGCAAGGAAACUUUACAUGAAUAGACAGUGGUAUCAAGAGGAGAGGGCAACCAGCCAUACAGCUGGAGAAGCUCUUGCCAUGCUGCAGACAAACAUUUCCCAACAAAUCAUUUCACAUAGUACUGACUUUCCAUUACCGACUCAUUCACCUGAUCUUACGUCAUCUAAUUAAUGCCUAUUUGUGGAGAAUGUCAGUGUGUUCAACUGUGAAUAAUGGCAACAGACUGUGCCUGCAUUACGCGAUAAAAUAGUCUCGUUUUGCUACACUGUUCAGACAUGUCUUUAAAUCUAUAUAAGCGAUAUUUACACUGUCCACAGCGAGGUGGUGCACACUGUACACAUUUACGUUACGGUACGCAUAGUGUGGUAAAUAAACACACUAAUGAUGUGAAUCUUAGUCUUACUUUCUUUCAGGAGAUAUAUAUAAAUAUAUAUUUAUAUAUGACACGUUCUUUUCAGUAACUUUAAAUGUCUUAUAUUUAAUUUUUUCCUGUUUAAAAAUUGCUAUUUUAAUCAGAGUUUUUAACCAUAUGCUGAAAUUAAUAUGUACUAUAUAAUCAAACCAUAUUUAAAUUUAUUUAUCUCAAUAAAACUAUCUUAUGAUAUCUUAUAAUAUACUUUUCAGUCUCCAUCUUCCCUUGGACUGGCCAAGCUGAUGAAAAUAUAAUUUUGCACCAUUUGUGUACUAUGUAUAUAAUUUUGCACCAUUUGUGUACUAUGUACCAAACGUUUUCCAUAAUCUUUAAAAUAUUAUUCAGUACUGUUUGCAUAAUAUCAACCGAUGUUAGAAACUAAAACAACUGUUGAUGUACUACACGCUUAUUAUUAUAAAUUUAAAUUGCGUCUAUUCUUUAGACAUAAUCUAUUUCACAUUUUUUAUAAAGUACAGGUAAAGGAAAUAUUGAAGUAAUCCAAUUAGAAUUUAGUUUCAUAUUAGUUGAAUUUAUUACCCCAAUUAAAAGUCAAUUUUAAAAAUGGCUAUGUUCCUAGAAUAUAAUUUAAUGUAAACAAAUGUAAAAAGGACAUCGAAACAUUCUUUUAAUUAAUCUUGUAAUGGUCCGAACGAUAAAAGAAAACGAAUAUAUUUAAAAAAACUGAAAUUUAAUUACUCCAAAUUUACUGUAUAAAUCAGGUCAGAUAUAUUGCAAAUGAUUUUGGUAUCACAUUUUUAGUCUUUAAAACAAAACAAAAUUUGCAUUAUAUAUUUGUGUAGUAUGAAUAAAAUAUUCAAAUUUUAUUUAAUUUAAAGUUUAAUUUAUGUAAUUAACCACUUCAAAAUAUUAUUUUAUUAAUUAAAAUGUUUAGGACAAUGGAUGUAUGUGUAGCUAAAUAUUUUCGGACAACACCUUUUUAAAACACUUUAAUUAAAUUAAAAAUCUAAACUGAUAUUGACAAGUAAUUUUAGUCUAUCAGUUCCAUCAAAACAAGUGCUUGUAAACUUGUAGCCACAUUUUUUUGAAGACACAUAUUUAAAUAAUCCACCACGAAAAAUAUAAUAUUUUAACAUAUAUGAAAAUAAAAUUAUUUUUUUUUUUUUUUUUUUUUUUUUUUUAAAGAAAGGAAAUUUCCAGUGUCACAUAAAAAUGAAUUAUUACAAUACCAAUUAUACAAGAAACAUACUCGAUACAUGGUAAUUAAUUUUAUGGACUGAAAAAACAUAAGUUAGAUAGAUCUAUAAAAAAAUAUGUGAUACUUGACGAUGAUAUUAACUUAAAAUUAGGAAUUAAUUUAAGAAAAAUUAAAGAAGUUGUUUUUAAUACUUUUAUCUUAAGGUAUUCGUUUUUUAUGGUGUUUUGAUGACUCCUAUGCUUGAAAAAAAAAAAAAUUUUAUGUAAUGAAUUGGAUUAGAUUAAUAGAAAAUUGUUUUUAAAAAUGCCUUAUAAAACAUAUUAACAAGACAAAUUGUGUUUUUUUUAUUCUCUAUUGUGUAGUGUGAACUUAAUUACUUAAAUUUAAAAAAAAAUGUAAAUAAAAACGUUGCUUAAAGCUCAUUUAACAAGGGACAUAAAAAAGACUUAAAACUAAAUCUUCAAAUGUAAUCAAUUCACUCCAUAUAUAAUAGGACACACAGUGAAAUAAAAUAUCAACUGACGGAAAUACAAAAUCACAUUGUUUUACACAAUUUAGCACUAGAUAAUAAAAAAUGCUUUUACAUUUAUGAGGACUGUACAAGAUGAUGUGAAAAGACUUUUAUAUGUGUACUGUAUACAUUUAGAUGAUUUAAUCAAAACAAUAGAAAUAUGAAUUUAGAAAUAAUGCUCUGAAUGAUUUAACUAUGCAGUAAAGGAUACAUUUGGAAGAAACUGAAAACUAGAGAUACAAUAUUUACUAAAACUCUGGGCACUCUAGUACUGCCUCUUGUUCUGAAUUAAAGCCAAACAUUUUCAAUUUCUUUUUUUUGCGAAAUUAUGAUCGAUUUUUUGUGUUCUGAUUAGGUCUUUUAUCUUUAAGCAUUAAUACUAGUCUAUUAAAAUAAUACCCGGUAAUAAAUCUGAGUAUAGGUCAAGUGAGGGUUUUCCUCAAAAGAAGUUAAAGUACUUUUUUAAAUGUUAACAUACCAAAUUGAGAAAAAAAAAACAAUGUAUUACAAUGAUGUUCACAAUGAAGUGGAAUUACAAAAAUGUGUAAACAAUCAACAGUUGUUUUUUUUUAUGUUCAUAAACUUACUUUCUAGAAAGCAAUUUUGAAAUUAGAUCAACAGGAUCAAGGCAAGAAAUAAGACUACCGUAUAAGUUGUGUUCAUUAAUCACAAAAUAAAUAACACAGUUUUAAUCAACCUUAAUUGAAAGGUUACAAUAUACAUUUUUUACAAAGGAAAGAAAUAAUAUUUUUCUCAUGGUUUUUGCUAUGCAAGUCUUUCAACAGAGUAAGUUAACAAAAUAGAUUGUUUUUUGUUUUUGUUUUUUUUAUUGGACUAGGUAUAAAAAAAGUACCCAGUGCUUUUGGGAACAUCCCUUUUUAGGAUGUCUCAAUUGUUUUGUUUGCAUAAAUAAAUUAAUUAUGUAACAUAAUUCAAACAUAGAAACAUUUAUUUACAACAUAUUUAUAAUGUAUACCAGAAGGCACAUGGAAAUUAUUAUGGCAUUACACUACUUGCUAAAUGUUUUAAAUUAUACAGUGUUACUUUGUGGAAGUUACUGAAAUAAAUCUUCAUUCUUUUGGACAUGAAAUAAAAAUAAUACUAAAUUUCUAGUACCAGUAACUUAUUUUAUAUUAGUCCUUUAUAUGCAUUAAGAAAACAUUAUUUGUUCCUUUACACUUCUUUGUACCAUUGUACUAUUUUAUUUAAUUUAUGACUGGUGAACUCUUAGUCAUAAGAGCAAUUAUAAUGGACAAUUAUUUUUGUCCUAAAGAUAUUUAUAUACCGGUAUUUCAGAUAUGAUAAAUUAUCGUCUUUGGGUCUUUUUCACAUGCAUAAAUAGUUUAAGUGGAUUAAAGAAUUUAGGGCAAGUCCAACUAUUUAGAAACAAACAGCAUUGGAAUAAGAAUUAAUAAAUGGAAAAAAUAAUAGAUGAUUUUUUAAAAACUCAACCCCCCACCCCCCGUCUUUUUUACCCAAUGUUUCUGUUUUGAAAAAAUUAUUUCAAAAUCUAUUUAAUACAUAUACCUUGAAUAUUAAUCCUAAAUGUUCAAAUGAACAAACAAAAAUUGUAUAACAUGUUUGAUUAAUGUGUAAAUAGAAAUCAUGCUACAAUAUAUAUGUAAACAUUUAAAAACAAGCAGCUCAAUAUAAAUAUUCAACAUAGCUUACAUUUAACAGAUGCAAAGGAUGAGAUUAAUUAAAGUAAAAUGAUAAGGUAUUACAAAGGUUUUUACUUUAAUUUAAACAUUGUACCACGCAGAAAAGUUUAGAAAAGAGGCUUGACUUUAAAGUGUUUCAUAAUUUAUAUUGAUGUAAAAAGUACAUUUAAAUCUUUUAACCCACGAACUGUGGUCGGACGAAAAAAUCGGCAGACUUUCUCGUUCUGUCCUGUGGCGGCCUAAAAAACUGAUAAAAACACGGUCCGAUAGCAACUUUCAAUUAAAUAUUUAACUGGAAUUAUAGCCACUUCCUUUUAUUAAUAAUUAUAUCAUCUUCCAGUUCAAGCUGUUUCGUGAAAAAAACAACAACUUUUUAAUCAGAGUUUUAUAUUGCUGUUUUUUUUAAAAGUUUAAAUGGUUGAAGCCAUGGUUGGGCCUUCUGUGCAAGAACUAAUAGAAAUAUGUUUGAAAACAUUUUAGGAGAGGUUGUAAGUGAUACUGAUGAUGAUUUUAACAUUCCCAAUGAUGAUAUCAGUUGAGAUUAUUCUUCUCGUGAAUUUUCUUCUAGUCUUAGUGAUACUGAAGUAGGCCUACUGAGGCUACUGUUAGACUUCGAGCCAGGCCUGGAGGUUGGGGCAAGGACUGACUGAAUUUUAGUUCCAGAAACUAUAGAUUAUAGUUUAAAAAUAAGAAAUUGUAUAGUUAAACAACCCAAAUCUGUUCCAAAGUUUCUUUUUAAAUGUUUACUAGUUAAUAAUAACUAUUUUGACUGAUAUUUUUUAUUUUGUACUUGGUUUUAGCAGUGGUCCCAGUUUCUUAUAAAAAUGACCUAAAAUUACUAAAAUUGCUUUCAGAGGUUUAAUUGCAAUCAGAUCCUUAGCAAACUAUACAUUUUCUUAAAGAUAAAUGAAUUGCCUACAACACUUAGAUCUAUGUUUUACGUGUAUCUAUAAAAAUUAAUGAUGUUAUGAGCACUUGAAAGCAAGACAUUUUGUUUUAUUUUCCUUGAGAACUCCGAGGUCAAGGACACUGAGAAAAAAUUUUUUACGGGGUGCGCAAUAUGACCAUCUUUAUCCCCAUCCAUUCACCUUUCUAAAAAUAUAUACUUUUAGGGGUCUUGUAUCAAUAUUUCUAUGCAAUUCAAUCCAAUUUCAAAUCGCAAUCAAAAUGCUCUGAAAAGCUCCACACCACAGAAUAAUGCAUGCCACAGUUUGUGGGUUAAAAUUUUAAGUUAAUUUUUUAAAAAACAACACACAAACAUGGGUUAUAUUAGCUUGGAUAAAUCAUUACAUGCAUACAUAUAUUUUGUAAAUUGCAAAUUCUCUAAAGUCUGCUGCUUUUCGUAAAAUGUUCAUUAAGCUUUUUUAAGAAAUGUAAUUUUCUUUUUUCUUUAUAUAUUUUGUUUUCAUAGAUUUACUUACAAAAGCGGAAUGUGUGCAGUGUAGCACUUGUAUUGGCCCUUUGUUAUUAUGAUCAAAUCUUCUUUAUCUAGAAAAUAUUUAUUUAGCUUAUAAUAUAAUGAUAUCUGAAAUAAUUUAAUUUUUAGCACACAUUUGAAAUUUAAUCAUUUUCAGCUUUAAAAAGAUCAGGAAUCAGAAACCUUGUAUAAUGGUGAUCUUUGAUUCAAAACAUUCAAAUACCUUACAUAUAGUAUAUGAAAUAGAUCUAAAGUUCUCUCACAUAUAAAUAUAAGAACUAAUGCUUAUAAAUGAUAUUUUUUUGGUCCGUGAAAUGACUAAGCUAGUUCAUAUUUCAAUGUUCAUUUUAAUUUCUGUAAGAUUUUAAAAACAAAAUUGUUUCCAUAAACUAUUUGAGUAAACAUAUAUUUUUGCAAUAUAAUUAUAUUAUCAUGUAUUAAUCGAAAUUUUGAAAUUAUUGCUUUUUAUCAUUAUCAGUAUAAUGGUUAUAAGUAUCCUAUUUAUUGCCUGUUGUGGCUUUAGAAUGAAAAGGUAGAAGUUUUUUAAUUGCCAGAUAAUGGGAUGGGCAAAGAUCGGUUGGUUAAUGAGCUUUCUUUCUCCUUUUCUUUGGCGACUUUCUUUUUCUUCUUGGAUUUCUUUUUCUUUCCUUUCUUGUUUUCGGAAUCUUCUGUAACUAUAUUGACUGCUUCAUCCUUUUUCAGUUCGUCAGGCAAUUUCAUUUUUGCUUUUUCUUGCAAGUCAAAGGAUUCAUCCAUUUUUCCUUUACCAUUGUUUUCAUUUGACAAAGUGUUCGCACUGAUGAAGAAAAAAUGUAGGUUAUUUCUUUUGUAUAAUGGGAAUAAUUAAUAAUUAAUUAGAAUGUUUAUGUACACAAUAAAUAGAAAAGAAUCAUAAUCCAAAAGAAGUUAAUAUUAAAAUGUUUAUUCCAGAAAAUUACUACCGGUAUCACCUGAUUCUACCAGCACCAUGUCAUAGAUUAUUUAUAGUUAAAUGAAUGAUCCCAACAUUGAAACUAUCUCAUAACAAAGAUGUUAAAUGUAUAUUUGUUGUUUUUUUCCAUGGUAAUUACUAGCAUU